AUGGCCAGGACCACUGGGGAUCCUGCCAAGCGGCGAAGAUGCAUUGCCCGCAUUAAAUUCUGGCGGAGAUCACGCGUGGGCAGCGGUGUCACCCUGGGAGUUAUCAAAUACAGAGUCGUCUCUAAGCCCUCGAGGCGAUUUCAGUUUUCUUUGAUAAAAGCUUGGCUUCUUCGGAUUAGAACAGAGGAUUACAAGUACAGUGGGUCCUUUCAGGAAGCCAUUAAGCCAGUUCUCAUCAUCGCCCAGAUAUUUGCUCUAAUGCCAGUUCGAGAAGUAAGCUCCAAGUUCGCUGAGGAUCUGACCUUCACGUGGUUCAGUAUUCGAACUUAUUACGCCCUGGUUACCAUCCUAUGUUUUGGAGUGACCUCCGGUUAUCUGGUGGCCUAUGUGACGAAUGUCUCCUUCAAUUUCGAUUCAGUGGAGACUCUGGUAUUCUACCUAUCCAUAUUCCUAAUAUCAUUGUCGUUUUUGCAACUGGCCCGGAAGUGGCCGGCGAUUGCUCAGGAAUGGCAGUUGGUGGAGGCCAAGUUACCACCUCUCAAAUUGCCCAAGGAACGCAGAUCCCUGGCCCAGCACAUCAAGAUAAUCACCAUUGUGGCCACCACUUGCUCACUGGUGGAACACAUCAUGAGUAUGCUUUCAAUGGGCUACUAUGUGAACUCCUGUCCCCGAUGGCCGGGUCAUCCCAUCGACAGUUUCCUGUACUUGAACUACUCCUCGGUGUUUUACUUUGUGGACUACACCCACUUCCUGGGCAUCGUGGGAAAGGUGAUCAAUGUGCUGAGUACUUUCGCCUGGAACUUCAAUGACAUUUUCGUGAUGGCUGUUAGUGUGGCUUUAGCUGCUCGUUUUCGGCAGCUCAAUGAUUACAUGAUGAGAGAGGCUAGAUUGCCCACCACUGUGGACCAUUGGAUGCAGUGUAGGAUUAACUUCCGGAACCUUUGCAAACUCUGCGAGGAGGUGGACGAUGCCAUUUCCACUAUUACUCUACUUUGCUUCAGCAACAAUCUGUACUUCAUAUGUGGAAAAAUCCUGAAAAGCAUGCAGGCCAAGCCGUCUAUUUUGCACACCCUGUACUUUUGGUUCUCACUCAGCUAUCUACUUGGUCGCACUCUCAUCCUAUCUCUAUAUAGCUCCAGUAUCAAUGAUGAGUCUAAGCGACCUCUAGUCAUCUUUCGCUUGGUUCCCAGGGAAUUUUGGUGCGAUGAGCUUAAACGCUUUUCGGAGGAGGUCCAAAUGGACAAUGUGGCUCUAACUGGCAUGAAGUUCUUUCGCCUCACACGCGGCGUUGUCAUUUCGGUGGCCGGCACAAUUGUGACCUACGAGCUAAUUUUGCUGCAGUUCAACGGCGAGGAAAAGGUGGCCGGCUGCUUUGAAAGCUGA